ACACACACACACUGCAGUAUAAGAGCACGCCUCAGCUACAGAUCUGCUCACUUCUUAUCUAAGGGCUGCACAGUAUGGAGCUGUUCACCACAACUCUGUGUAUGUGCCUGGUACUUUCCUUUGCUAAUGGAGUGCCUGCGCCCCAACAUGACUCCAUAGCAGAUGAUGGAGACAGCCAAGCUGCUUUUCCCGACCGCUGUGAAGGUAUUGAAUUUGAUGCCAUCACUCCUGACGAGACGGGGGUCAUCUUAUUCUUCAAAGGUGACUACCUGUGGAAGGGUUUCCAUGGGUCAGCUCAACUUUCCAAUGAGUCCUUCAAGGAGCUGGAUGAUUUCCAUCACGUCGGCCAUGUUGAUGCUGCCUUUCGCAUGCACAACACUGCAAAGACAGGCGACCAUGAUCACAUCUACUUCUUCUUGGAUGACAAAGUGUUCCGGUAUUAUAACCAAAAUCUGGAGAAUGGAUAUCCAAAACAAAUCCAGGAGGACUUUUCAGAAGUUCCCACUCAUUUGGAUGCUGCUGUGGCGUGUCCACAGGGGGAGUGCAUCACUGACUCUGUUCUUUUCUUUAAGGGCCCUGAUGUUCAUGUCUAUGACAUUGCCACAAAGACAGUGAAGACGAAGACGUGGUCCCACCUGCCUGUGUGCACCUCUGCCCUGCGCUGGCUGGAGCACUACUACUGUUUCAAUGGACACAGCUUCACCAAAUUCAACCCCGUAACUGGAGAGGUGACAGGCGAUUACCCAAAAGACGCCCGAAAUUACUUCAUGAAGUGUGAAAACUUUGGUCAUGGAAGUCAUUAUACAGCUCCUAAAUGCAGUGAAGUCAAGUUAAAUGCCAUCACCACUGAUGAUACAGGCAAAACAUACUUCUUUGCAGGUCCCACAUACAUGCGUUUGGACACCCAUCGCGACGGACUUCACGCCUUCCCAAUCACCAAAAUAUGGCAAGAGGUUACCAAUGGAGUGGAUGCUGUGUUUUCCUACACAGACAAGAUUUACAUGAUUAAGGAUGACCUGGUUUACAUUUAUAAAUCAGCCGCUCAUUACACCUUGAUCGAAGGCUACCCCAAAAGACUCAAAGGAGAACUUGGCAUUGAAGGACGUGUGGAUGCUGCCUUUGUCUGUCCCAAUGAACACACCGUUCAUCUAAUACAAGGACAGAUGCUUCGCGACGUUGACCUCACGGCCACACCCAGGGUGGUGACCACAGAGGUGCCCCUGCCAUUGUCCGACAUUGAUGCAGCCCUGUGCGGCGCGGACGGAGUUAAUGUGUUCAAGGGCUCUCAGUUUUAUCAUUACGACAGUGCCAUGAUACUGGCUAUGGGCAGAAUUGCCCCCUUCCCUCAGAAUAUCACCUCAGCAAUGAUGGGAUGUCAGGAUUAACCGCAAGUCUGUUUCCUCUCCAAGCAAUGAAAAGAGAGCAGCUGAGUCGAAAGGCGCAGCUCACUGAUCCACACAGAAUGCUUUAGGAGGAGUGUCCCUACAUUUACAAACAGGUAAACAGAGAGUCUUAGUAGGGGUCUGUAGGGAUUGUUGGUGGUAAAUAAAGAAAUGAUUAAAUGAAUGAAUGAAUGAAUGAAUGAAUGAAUAUACACUGGUGUGAGGAGGAUUUCAACAUUCAAACACAUCUGAGGUAUAAAGUUCAGAGGAAACAUGUCCAGUAAUGUAGUCUGGCCACUAGAGGACCUACUGGACAAAGUGUUGUACUACAAAUGAUAAGUGAACGAUGUAGCGGGUGGUAACUGAUUAUGUAUAAAAGACGAGAGACAUUGACCCUUUACAGAAAAAUUAGUACAAACAGAACAUGCAUUUAGGACACGAUGAGGAGUUUACCUUGAGCUUGCUGUACUGACACAGAGAUAAACAUGUGAGGUCUAUGAACCCAGUGUUGAGGUGCACAGUCCUGAUCUUACAACAAACAUAUCUUUGUUACUGAAGGAUUUUAUCCUACUUCAUUAGCUCCUGAUUUUGAUGGUAUCUGAAGAAAUACUGUUUGGGGAUAUUAUAUGUCAUUUGACUCACACACAGUACUGUAGGUGGUUACAACAGACAAAGUAUUUCAAUUUAAGCAGGACAGCUACAGCAACAAGUCCCUUCAAAGAGUCAUGUACACAAUCUAAUUGGUUCAUUUACUUAGGGUUUAGAACAACAAACUCCAAAUCAGUUAAGAACAAUCUAACAGUUCAACACAGCUACAAGGUAACUAGACCUUAAGUGCAUUAAAUAACACGGCUUUUUGGAAAAUAGGUCACUGCUACAUAAGAAUCAUGUCAUGUCUAAAACCACUUCAUAUUUACUCAGUCACAUAUUUAAUGUUGCAUAAUGUUUAUAUAUAAUGUACAUUAAGUAGUCCAUGAUGGGUCAUUACUAAUUGCUGAGUUGAGUAAUUUUCUUUUCUCUAUAAUUGCAUGGUAUGGACACUAUUUACUAAAUAUGGAGGAAGUGUCAGCAUUAUCGACAACCUUGUGAAAGCUAAAAAGCUUAAGUAUUUCUUUGCAAGAAAGAAUUCAGAGAAAAAGGUAGUGGCUCUAAGUUUAUUCCCUGCAAGCAAAACACAGAUAAAACAUUUGGGCUUCUCUUUGAAGCAGUCACCAUGUCAACUAAGAGGAAACACUCAUCCAACUGAGCCAGGGCACAGCCACUAAUUGGGAUUUGCUGCCAAUAAAACAGGACGCACCUGCAAAAUAUACGAUCGCUGAUGAUUUGUUUCAUAAUUCAACCAACUUCAUCCACAGAAACCUAGUUCCAUUUCUGUAAUAUGAUGCGCGUCCUGACGAAAUCUAAACAAAAGAUUACGUUAUGUAAUAAUUAGGUGUUAUUUCAGAGUCUAUUACUAUGAUAUACAUUUGUUUGUACUCAUAUGGAACCAUAUAGACACGUACACAGCAGCUUGCAAGAGACCAGAGGUCGGGACAGCAUUAACAGGCAUUCAGGCCCUUUUCACUCCCUGGAGGCUUUUUGUUCAGUUAAAAUCCCUGGGACUUUCAGCAGGCAUAAAGGAAGUGCUGGGCUCAGCACAGCCUAAUGGGUGAGGCAAUGAGUGCUCACACACACACACACACACACACACACACACACACACACACACACACACACAUACAGUAGACAGUACGGACAUCGCUCUCACACACAAAAUCAUUCACAUCAGUGAAUGGUCAGAGAUACUUACAUACUCAGGUGUACUAGACUAACAUAUAAAUAUAAGGUUUUUAAUUAAUAUUGACUUAAAACUGUAAGCCAUAACCCUGACCUAAUAAUAACAUAAUCUUUUAGCAAUUUUGUUACCUUGUAACUAGUCAAAGAAGGUAAAGAACAUUUGAACAUGAGCAUUACAAAAUAAUCUGAAGAGAAUUUGAUCUAGAAAGGGCAGCAGGACUAUAAAUUUAACUUCAUAUAAAUGAACCAUUUUAAUUAAUGCAACACUAUACAACUGUGACCGUAAAUGUUGUAAUGAUGAGGGUUCAAAUGGACUCAAUACAUCCAUGGCCCAGAUUGGAAAGGAAAUAAAAUAAAAAAGUAAAUAAAAUUAACUAUAAUCUGGACACAAAAAUGUUCGAGGCUCUAUUAGUUUUUAUGUCCUGCUAGUAUGACCAUCUGUAGUAUAUGUUAACAAUGUUACUUCAACUAUUUAUAAAUCAGAACAGACAAAAAUACAUAAAAGUCUAGAAAGGCCCAAAUUACUAGCCAAUUAACGGUCAUCAGUUAGCGUGUAAGCUAAGCUAAAACAAGCUAACGCUACCAUACGUUUUCUGCCCUAUAUCACAAGGCUGUUAAAUACACAUUGAUAAUAAAAUGGUAAUUUAAUGCUGUGUAAGCUAAAAGGUAAGCACAUCAUAGUCACUAGCAAUAAUGUUAACUAAGGUGCAAUUACUAACAUCUACUCGCAACAGCUUCCUUCUGAACAAGACAUGAACUGUGCAUGCUAAUGUACAGCUAAGGCUAAAGCUAUUGUUUUAACAAACCAGUUAGCGACCCACGCUAACAUCAACGGCUUCAAUCUUAGCAGAUACCAGGGAAUCAGGGAAAUGGUUUUAGCAAACAUGACUCUGCACAGUGUUGACAGAUCAAAUGGUUUUGGUUACUGGAUUCCCCACACAACAAGAAAUACGAAAGGUAACACUCACCAUGACAGAAAGCAUGUGGUACAAAAAGUUUAUUCAGGAUCAGUUCUGUAACCAUCUGAGGUAAAUAAACAUUUACAUCAACGUGUUCUUCAACAAAAGGUCCAGACACAAGGCACUUCUCUUCAAAGACAGCACAGCAGGGCCACAUGUGGGAGCUUGUGUCCCUGCUUGUAGGGCGCCAUGAAAAUCCCACCACACAGCCUGUUCUCCUUGUGGGAUUUCUGAUCCAAGGCACAUCCAUGGUGUAAAAGCUGGAGUAGCCAAAAGUCUCACAAUCCAUGUUCAGAAAAAAACAAUCACUUAGGAUUAUUUCUUGUCCAUUCACAUGUUAAUAUUCCUCCUCCUAGAACAGCCUUUGUUGUUUUUCUACUUAUAUAUUCAUAUCCUCCAAAGAGUGGAAUAGCUACUUAACUGUGUAAAUCUUUAUCUACAUGAGAGAGAUACCAAGAACAGCUUGAAACAACAAGUUAUAUAAAACAUUUCAGCAAAAAAAAUAAGUAAAAUAAAUCUUUAGUUUUCAAUCUUUUAGAGACAAAGUUCAACAUUAUGUCUUUGUGGUGCCAUUCGCAUUUUCCAGAUUCCUGAUAGGUUUUAAAACUGAUGUAAUUGGUAGUGUCAUUAUUGGAUUGACGGUGGAGAGUUCCCCAUCUCUUUGGCACAAGUGACUUUGGUUUGAUGCGAUCGUUUAAAUCAAACACAUACUGGCAAACGAUUUCUUUUCUAAAAAUAUGUUAUCAACUGGCACCUAAAAACAUGCAAACAUUUGACAUUUGAAGGCCUUUCACUGCAUCUCGCUUAUUUGUCAGCACGUUUUAUAGAUGUAUUAGAGUCAUUGCAUUCAUGACAAGAUGAAAAUUGAGAUGUUUCUAGGCUAUAGCCUGGAUUUGUCAUUUGGGUAGCUAAUGUUUAAAUUAAGAAAAAGAUAAAUCUGUAGUUUCUGUGCCAACAGCAAAGACAAAAGAGUUAUUAUGUGUAUUUGAUCUUUUAUAAAUUAUACUUUAAUCAUAUGAAUAAAAAGCUCACAGACUAUAACAAAAAGCAUAAAGGUCAGAUUAUGUGGCAGUUUUUUUAUGCUAAGCUAAUUGCUGCUAGGCUGUAUUUUAAUAUUUACCAUUGUGGUAAAUAACAACUUAGACAAUGCAAGAAAAAUACUAAAGUAACACUGAAGGUUUAGAAGUUAGUGAAUUUUAGUUAUGCAUUUCAGCCAUGCUUUUUGUCUAAAUGCUGGAAUGAUAAGCUACAUCAAACCUACUGUAAAGACCUACUUUAAAAAAUAAUUUCCAAGUUGCCAUAAAAGCAUACAGGUGUAAAUUUAAAGCAUCUAGAUUCAUGUGUAUGUUUCAUUAGUCAAGGCUCUCUAAGAUUUGACAGGUGCAUUAAGGAGACACUUAAGACUGACGUAAUUCUAACAUAUUAACAAUAAUACUGUAAAAAGGUCAUAAAUUAUUCACCUGAUGUUAAAUGUUUGCUGUUAAAAAUGAUAAAGACCUUGCAAAAAAGCACAAGAAAAGUCUAAUAUGUGGACCAAAACACGAGCUGAAUGGGACAUAAUUUGGUUAUUUGAUAAGUUUGCUCCAUGAUGUGAUCUAGUUUUGCACUUUAUCAAAUUAUUUAUUCAAGUAUUUUAAGUAUAAUUAACUAAAUUCUGCCUAGAGAGAAACACCAAGAUGAACAAAUCUCCAAACGCAGUUUGCCCAAACCCUUUUGCAAAUAAAUCUUUUAUUCCUGACAUUUGAUGAUGAUGCAUCAGUAUUUAGAUUUGAGUGGGAAGUUGCUGUAUACUGAGCUGAACUUUUAAAUUUUUUUUCAUUGGCAGGAAUUAAUUAGAAGAACAGGAACCUAACAUUCCUACACAGAAUUGUUAAAAACUAUUAAAUAAUUAAAUACUUCUCACCAUUUUUUGAUUAUAUUGCUCUCUUUUUUACACUACAAUAGCUACAGCUAGUCCUCGAGUCCUCCUACACAGAACAGCGAGGGCAACUCAACAGUUCUGUAACACACUGCAAACACAAGCGCGAGAAAGCAGAUGUACUGAUUUUUUGAGUCUGUGUUCAAGUUCCAAGGCCUAAAAUACCUUUUAGCCCUUGAUUUGUAUUUUCCUCAACAUUGGAUUUUUGUAUAAAGUGACCAGUGGAGCCAAUGUCAAAAAACACUGAGAAACAAAUUUCAUGUUGCAAAUCGCAGCUUGAUCAGAAACUAACUUUGGUAUCUAUCAUUGCUAUUAAUUAUAAUAUACAUAUUUAUAAACUUCAUAUAGUUUACCCUGAUGUAUCUGCAGAGAUGUUAACACUGAAACGAAUGAAUGUACCUAAACACACGCACACACGCAGCCUGUGAAGCCUAAGGACUAUGUCUCAGGGUGGUGUGUCCUAACAUCAGGACAUCCCUCUCUUCAUGGAAACUACAGGCCGGGGGAGAGCAGCACACGCACAGACGGACAGGUCAGACAGACACACAUCUCCAUCAUCACGUCACAAGAGAAAGAAAAAAGAAAGAAAGAAAAGUGCAAACCUCUCCUCCAAAGUCUCCCAGCAAAGGAAUUUAAAAACGAAUGCAAAUAGAGGAAGAUCCAGUCGUACUGCUAAUCAUUGUCAUCAUCAACACUCGCAUCUGUGUCUGUUCACCUUCGGUAAAUAAGCAGCCGGGCAGUUCCCUGGACAAAUGAUUUUUGCGCUGCUGUAAUGCGUGAUCAUGCAGCUAUUUUGAAAAUCUUCGACCUCUGUCUAAAGUAUGUGGAUUGUAACUUUUGAAGAGUACGGAAGUUAAUACUACCAAUAUCUGCAGAGAUGACUGGCUCUGUGUGGCAGGGUUUAAGCAGCGGGCAGCAGUCCAGGACACACUCCCUUUUAUUGCCUUUUGGGAUGUUGUCCUAAUGCUACACUUGACUCCAAAGCACUAAUUUGACCAUAACGUCAGAUUAAAACGAAAAGGGCACAGGUCACUGCAGUGCACACGAUCUGGUCUAAAAACUGCCUUCGUCGUAGUUUUGCAGCAGUGCAUUUGUGCCGCGGGGAGCGUGUAGCGGCAGCUUAGCGAUCCUCAGAGUAAGACACUGCCUGCAGUAAGAAACAUUGAAUAUCAGCGUUGGUCAGCGAUAAUAUGGUGGCAACUUACCACAAAUAAAUCAGUGUGUGAAAAAACACUGAGUGUCUGUGACGCAGAAAAAGGAAAAACUUAAAUGGCUGGUGCUCGUGCCACUUUAUCAGAACUGUGCUCAACACAAGUGAAAAGAAAUAAAAAUAACAAAGGCACUCGGACAGUUUUGUGUUACUGAUGUACUGAUGUUGCUGGUUUCCUGCCUGAACUUCUUGUUCAUUUAGACCUGAUCCCUUUUUGGCUUUUUUCAGUCCUUUGACCUUCGAAAUAAUAAAUAAAUUAAAUACUUAACCAUACUUGCUGUUUUAAUUUCAAUGAUACAAUUUGUUGCAUGUCUUUAAGACUUGAUUAAAACAUCCCAUUGUUGUUCUUUUAUUGUUUUAAAUAAAACUUUUAUUUUUUUAAAGUUA